CAAUGGAUCUCUUCUCUCUCCAAAACACCACCGCUAUGGUCACCGGCGGCACCCGAGGCAUCGGCCAACAAAUGGCCAUUGCCCUCGCCGAAGCGGGCAGCGAUGUGGUUCUCGUGCAGCGCGACACCACCAACACCGAAACCAAAACCAUCAUCGAAUCCCUCGGCCGCAAAGCAACCAUCUACCACGCCGACCUCUCCUCCCGAGAAUCCGUCUCCGCCCUCACCCCAACCAUCCUCUCCGACGGCCACGACAUCAACAUCCUUGUCAACUGCGCGGGAAUCCAACGCCGACAUCCCAGCCAUCUUUUCCCCGAUACCGACUGGGAUGAGGUCCUCCAAACCAACCUAACAACCGUAUUCACCCUCUGCCGCGACAUCGGCCGAUACAUGCUCACGCGCGCCCCCAGCCCCCACGACAACCACCGCGGCUCAAUUAUCAACGUCGCCUCGCUCGUCUCCUUCCAAGGCGGGCUCACCGUCCCCGCCUACGCAUCCGCCAAAGGCGGCGUGGCGCAGCUCACCAAGGCCUUGUCGAACGAAUGGGCCGCGCAGGGUAUAAAUGUCAAUGCUGUGGCCCCGGGCUAUGUCGCUACGGAGAUGAAUACCGCGUUGUUGAAUGAUGAGCAGCGCGCCAGGAGUAUUCUGGAACGCAUCCCGGCGGGCAGGUGGGCGACCCCGCAGGAUUUUAAGGGCGUCGCGGUGUUUUUGGCUAGUCGGGCGAGUAGGUAUGUUUCGGGGAGUGUGGUGGUUGUUGAUGGGGGGUGGAUGGGGAGGUAG